UCCCUGUCCCUCCCCUCCCCGUCUUCGUCUCUGUCCAGUGACCUCAGCGAGAACCAGAUCCAGGGAGUUCCAAGGAAAGCAUUCAGAGGAGCUGUGGAAAUCAAGAACCUCCAAUUGGACUAUAACCACAUCAGCUGUAUUGAAGAUGGAGCUUUCCGAGCAUUACGUGACCUGGAAGUACUCACGCUCAACAAUAACAACAUCAGCCGACUGUCCGUGGCCAGUUUCAACCACAUGCCAAAGCUCAGGACCUUCCGCCUGCACUCCAACAACCUGCAGUGUGACUGCCACGUCGCCUGGCUGUCCGAGUGGCUGCGGCAGCGCCCCCGCCUGGGUCUGUACACGCAGUGCAUGGCCCCUCCACACCUGAGGGGGCACAACGUGGCCGAGGUGCAGAAGAAGGAGUUUGUGUGCACAGGUCACCAGUCGUCAUCAGCUUCCUCCUGCAGUGUGUUACAGUGCCCAGAGUCCUGCACCUGCAGUAACAACAUCGUGGACUGCAGAGGGAAGGGUCUGACAGAAAUACCCACCAACCUGCCUGAAACUAUUACUGAGAUACGACUGGAGCAGAACGCCAUCAAGGUGAUCCCAGCCGGGGCUUUUUCUCCUUAUAAGAAGCUGCGCAGGAUAGACUUGAGUAACAACCAGAUCUCAGAGCUGGCCUCAGAUGCCUUCCAAGGCCUUCGCUCGCUCAACUCUCUGGUACUAUAUGGGAACAAGAUCACUGAGAUUUCAAAAGGACUGUUUGAGGGAUUGUUUUCUCUGCAGCUGUUGUUGCUGAAUGCUAAUAAGAUAGCCUGUCUGCGGGUGGAUGCAUUUCAGGACCUUCACAACCUCAAUCUGCUAUCACUGUAUGACAACAAGCUCCAGACCAUUGCCAAGGGGACUUUCUCAUCACUAAGAGCCAUACAAACACUUCACUUAGCCCAAAACCCAUUUAUCUGUGACUGCCACCUGAAGUGGCUGGCUGACUACCUGCAGGACAAUCCCAUCGAGACAAGCGGUGCUCGCUGCACCAGCCCUCGGCGGCUCGCCAACAAACGGAUCGGACAAAUCAAGAGCAAGAAGUUCCGCUGCUCAGCUAGGGAACAGUAUUUCAUCCCAGGUACAGAGGAUUACCGCAGUAAGCUAGGAGGCGACUGCUUCGCUGACCUGGCCUGCCCGGACAAGUGCCGCUGUGAGGGCACAACGGUCGACUGCUCCAACCAGAAACUCACCAAAAUACCAGAUCACAUUCCUCAAUACACGGCAGAACUGCGCCUGAACAACAAUGAUUUCACUGUUCUAGAAGCGACGGGGAUCUUCAAAAAGCUACCUCAGCUGAGAAAGAUUAAUCUGAGUAACAACCGUAUCACUGACAUAGAGGAGGGGACAUUCGAGGGAGCUUCAGGGGUCAAUGAGCUGAUUCUGACCUCCAACAGACUCGAGAACAUUCACCACCGCAUGCUGAAGGGGCUCGGUGGCCUCCGCACACUUAUGCUGAGGAGUAACCGCAUCAGCUGUGUGAGUAACAGCAGCUUCGUAGGGUUGAGUUCCGUUCGCCUCCUUUCGCUCUACGACAACCAGAUCACCUCCAUGAACCCCGGAGCCUUCGACACGCUGCACUCCCUGUCCACUCUGAACCUUCUGGCCAAUCCCUUCAACUGCAACUGUCACCUGGCCUGGCUCGGCGACUGGCUGAGGAGGAAGCGGAUUGUCACUGGAAAUCCUCGCUGUCAGAGUCCAUAUUUCCUGAAGGAGAUCCCCAUCCAAGACGUUGCCGUCCAGGACUUUGCCUGCGAAGAUGGUAAUGAUGAGAACAGCUGCUCUCCAGUCCUGAGGUGUCCAGCAGAGUGCUCCUGUCUGGACACUGUGGUACGCUGCAGUAACAAGGGUCUUACCACCCUACCCAAAGGCCUCCCAAAGGAGACCACUGAACUGUAUUUGGAUGGAAACCACUUUACUCAGGUUCCUGUGGAGCUCUCCAACUACAAACACUUGACACUCAUUGAUUUGAGUAACAACCAGAUCAGCACGUUGUCCAACCACAGCCUCAGUAACAUGUCCGAACUGCUUACUCUAAUCCUGAGCUACAACCGCCUGCGGUGCAUUCCAGUGAGGGCAUUCGACGGUCUCAAGUCUCUUCGUUUGCUGUCUCUCCAUGGUAACGACAUAUCCCUGAUACCAGAAGGAGCCUUUAAAGACCUGUCGUCGCUCUCCCACCUGGCUCUUGGAGCCAACCCUCUGUACUGUGACUGUCACAUGCAGUGGCUUUCAGACUGGGUGAAGAGUGGCUACAAGGAACCCGGCAUUGCCCGUUGUACCGGGCCCGGAGACAUGACGGAUAAACUGCUCCUAACCACGCCUUCCAAGAAGUUCACCUGCACAGGUCCUGUGGAUUUGAGUAUCCAGGCUAAGUGUGACCCAUGCUUAUCGAGCCCCUGCAAGAACGAUGGCACGUGCACCAAUGACCCUGUGCACUACUACCGCUGCACCUGCCCCUAUGGGUUUAAGGGCCAAAACUGCGAGGAACCCAUCCAUGCCUGCAUUAGUAACCCGUGCCAAAAUGGCGGAACUUGCCACCUGAAGGAAGGAGAAAGAAGCAACUUCUGGUGUGUGUGUCCGGAGGGCUUUGAAGGUGACGCGUGUGAGAUCAACAUCGACGACUGUGAGGACAAUGACUGCGAGAACAACUCCACCUGCGUCGACGGCAUCAACAACUACACAUGCAUGUGCUCUCCGGAAUACACAGCUGCUACCAAUGAGGUGGAGAGAGGAGAGCUGUGCGAAGAGAAGCUGGACUUCUGUGCCCCAGAGCUAAACCCAUGUCAGCACGACUCAAAGUGUAUUUUGACUCCUCAGGGCUACAAUGGGUUAUUCUGCGAGUUCUCUCCGCCGAUGGUCCUUCCUCGCACCAGCCCGUGCGACAACCACGAGUGCCUCAACGAGGCUCAGUGCGUUGUGAUGGGAGCUGACCCCCGCUGCCAGUGUCUGCACGGCUAUGAGGGCGAGCGCUGCGAGACGCUGGUCAGCGUCAACUUUGUCAGCCGCGAGUCGUACCUGCAGCUCCCCUCCAGCUCCCUCUCACCACAGACCAACAUCAGCCUGCAGAUUGCCACAGAUGAAGACAGUGGUGUGUUGUUGUAUAAAGGCGACAAUGAUCACAUCGCAAUGGAGCUGUACCGGGGACGUCUCAGGGUCAGCUAUGACACCGGAUCCUACCCUCCGUCUGCUAUAUACAGUGUGGAGACGGUGAAUGACGGCAGCUUUCACGCCGUGGAGCUGGUGGCAGCAGACCAGACCCUCUCCCUGUCCAUCGAUGGUGGGAUGCCGGAGCAGGCCUCGGCCUCGGGGGGGCUCUCAGCCCUGCAGCACAGCUCGGGGGGCCGGAACGGCACCAGCUUUCACGGCUGCCUCCGCAACCUCUACAUCAACGGGAAGCUGCAGGACCUCGGCGCGGGGCUGGAGCCCGGGGCCCUGGGCUCCGGGACCACGCAGAGCACCGGGCGGUGGCUGGGCAACGGGGUAGAGCCGGGCUGCCAACCUUGCCAGAGAGGGGCCUGCGUCCAGGGAGACUGCCACCCGACCGGCCACCGGGGCUUCACCUGCACCUGUCACCCCGGAUGGACCGGAAAUCUGUGUGACCAGCAAGUCAGCAACCCUUGUGACGGCAACAAGUGCGUUCACGGCAGCUGCCUCCCGAUAAACUCCUACUCCUACUCCUGCCGCUGCCAGCCCGGCUUCGCCGGCGUGCUCUGCGACGAGCAGGACCACGACACGGCGAGCCUCUGCAGCUCGUCCCGCUGCAAGCAUGGCAAAUGCAGAGUGUCGGGCCUGGGCAAAGCCUACUGCGAGUGCAACAGCGGAUACACGGGAGAGGCUUGUGACAGUGAGGUGGCCUGCCGAGGGGAACGGGUCCGAGAUGUCUACCAGAGGCAGCAAGGCUACGCAGCGUGCCAAACCCAGGAGAAGGUCUCCCGUCUAGAGUGUCGGGGCAGCUGCCCGGGGGGGUCAGAGGGACAGGGCAGCUGCUGCACCCCCCUCCGCAGCAAACGUAGGAAAUACACCUUCCAGUGCACUGAUGGCUCUUCUUUCGUCCAGGAAGUGGAGAAAGUAGUGAAGUGUGGCUGUACAAAGUGUUCUUCAUAGAAAGAGAAGUUUCUUUUUUUUUCUUUUUUUUUUUUUUAAAGAGACAACACGACCGGCAGAUUUCCGCUUCUCCAGAAAUGUUCUGUGUUCCUGCCCGCCUUACUUGAUCCCAGUCUUCUCUUAUUCCUCAUGAGGAAACCGCUCACUCCCCCUUCCCAAAGUUCCCCCCCACCAAUCCCCCUUUUUUUUAAAAACCCGGAUAAAAAAAAACAAAGAAAAAAAACUACUUUAAAAAAAAAAAGAAUAGAUAAAGAGAUUUGUUUCUUGUCAGUGCUGGACUGAUGAUUGAUGCUUCCUCGGUGGGGAUCUUGAAUUGUAUUGUAAAGUACAAAAAACAGACUUAUUUUUUACUACGAAGUGGAGAAAAAGACAGAAAAAGAUACCACACAAAAGCUGACUUUGUCCUUGCAUCUGCUUCAUUUUUGUUGGUCAUGAUGACUCCAACGGUGCGCCGCACUGUCUCUUUCCUGGAGAACUGACGGGUCACUGACGGCCGACCACUUCCUGUAGACCUCCUGCUUUUCCUGUCUGUGAGUUGUUUGUUUUUAGGAGUAAUUUUAACCGGUAGUACACACAGACUCACCAAUAGGAGGUGCUGCAUUAAGGCAAGGGAGAGGGUGACCAGCGAUAUAACCCCCCCCCCCAACCCCCUUACCACACCGAAACCACCACCGUAGUGUGCAGUCUCCUUUAGCAGGCCUCCUGAACCCUCUGAGCCUGUGUGCAUGGUCACAAACACACAGUCGUGCUCAAACUUGUGGUAUUUUCUACAGCUACUGAACAACACACAUAUGCACACACACACAAACAUGCAUACAAAUACUCUCCCCUGUAGAGUUCAACGUAUUACCUGUCAGGUUUAAUACACUACUCGCUGUUUAUCCACCCCCCCCAGUCAUGAAUGACAAGUAUUUAUUGUAUCAUAAAUACCUGUACUUAUUCAGUAGAUCCCCAUGUAUCAAUCUGAUUCUUUUAAUAUAUAUUAAUUUAUAUUUUGUCCUUAUUUUUGUAUUAAGAAGACAUACUUUGUCAAGAUAGCUGAACUAACAAAAUGGUGUCCUUUAUUUUGGUUGAUGAGAAGUUGUUUUUUUUUGUUUCAUUUGAUCACUGAAACUAUUGUGCUUGCCAGAGAACUUAGUUACAUUUUAAUCUGCAAAUGUGACGUGAAGACAUUGUAUAUUUUUGUCGCGUUUCCUGAGAGUUUGUACUGUGCCAUUACCAGAAGGUCUUUAUAUUAGAGUAUAAAUGUAUAGAUCAUUUCCCAACCUAUGUAUUCCACACACAGAUCUUGUGAGUAGCAUUGACCUUAGCGGAUGCAUAGAACUGUUUUUACCUUUUUAACAAAAUUAAAGAAUACUGUGACUUUUUCUAAAUAAAACUACUUUGUUAGCCCCUUGGUCUCCGAUGUUAACAUGUUGCUGCUAAGUUUUUGUACCGUAGACUUGGAUCCUGAUCUGUAUGUUAUAUAGAGCUUCCUGCUCCUCACUGUACGGGGGCACCUUGUGUAACAGAUACAUUUUUUCCCCCUCCCACCUCCACACAUGUGCAUUGUGCUUCAUAUUCCCCCAUCUCCAUCACCAGACUAAUGUCAGUUCCCUGACUGAUGUUUGUUUAUUAAACACAAUAUUUACCUCACACUCUCCAUCUUUGUUUUGUUGUUGCUUUCAGAGGUCUGAUUCAGAAUUGAUCUCUAUGACUCAUCAUGGAGAAUGAUUGUUUUCGAAGUGGA